UCGCCGGGUAUUUGACAGCAGUCGAAAGCGGCGAGAGUGGGGAUCGGGGCUGCGUAGAAGGGCGGCCAUGGGCACGGUCGGCGCGUUUACUCACGAGAUGAGUCAGUGGUACAAACUGCAGCAACUGGAUUCCAAAUUCCUGGAACAGGUGCAUCAGCUCUACGAUGACAGCUUUCCCAUGGAAAUCCGGCAGUAUCUGGCAUCGUGGCUGGAAAGCCAAGACUGGGAACAUGCUGCCAGUGACAUUUCGCUAGCCACCUUGCUUUUCCAGAACCUUCUGUCGCAACUUGAUGAUCAGUACAGCCGCUUCACUCAAGAGAACAACUUCCUCCUGCAGCACAACAUAAGGAAGAGCAAGCGCAACUUGCAGAAUAUCUUUGAGGAAGAUCCCAUGUACAUGGCGAUGAUGAUCUCCAGGUGCCUGUGUGAAGAGAGGAAAAUCCUCUCUGCUGCCGAGCAGGUAGAUAAGAUGCAAGUGGGGAAUGUGCAGAAUGCCGAAAUGCUGGUUAGGCAGAAAGAGCUGGACGUAAAAGUCAAAAGCGUGAAGGACAGCGUCAUUGAAAUAGAGCAGUUCAUCAAGAACUUGGAGGAUGUUCAAGACGAAUAUGACUUCAAAUUCAAAACCUUGCAAGUUAGAGAACACGAGGCUAACAACAUGACUCAGGAUGAGAGCAUCAAGGAGAAAAUGCAGCUCCAUACGAUGUAUUUGCAACUUGACGUCAUGAGACAGGAUGUGGUACGCAAGAUCACGUCCUUGUUGAACGUCACAGAACAUACGCAGAACGCUUUGAUUAUGGAGGACCUGGUUGAGUGGAAGCGUCGGCAACAGAUUGCUUGCAUUGGAGGGCCACCCAACGCGUGCCUGGACCAGCUGCAGAGUUGGUUUACCACCAUAGCCGAGAGCCUUCAGCAGGUUCGCCAGCAGCUAAAAAAACUAGAUGAGCUGGAGCAGAAGUUCACCUACGAGGCCGACCCCCUCACGCAGCACAAAAAGACCCUUCACGAUCGGACCCUGGGCCUCUUCAAACAAAUCAUCCAGUGUUCCUUUGUGGUUGAAAGACAACCUUGCAUGCCCACACAUCCUCAGAGACCGUUGGUUUUGAAGACGGGAGUGCAAUUUACCGUAAAGCUGAGAUUGCUGGUGAAACUGCAAGAGCUGAAUUAUAAAUUAAAAGUGCAGGUUGUAUUUGAUAAAGAUGUGAACGAGAAGAACACAGUAAAAGGAUUUAGAAAAUUUAACAUCUUGGGGACAAAUACUAAAGUGAUGAACAUGGAGGAGUCGAAUGGAAGCCUGUCAGCAGAAUUCAGACAUCUGCAAUUAAAGGAGCAGAAAAAUGUCUCCAGAACUAAUGAGGGGCCUCUAAUAGUAACAGAAGAACUCCACUCUCUGUGUUUUGAGACUACGUUGGAACAGGGUGGGCUUACAAUUGACCUAGAGACCGCUUCCCUUCCGAUUGUUGUGAUUUCCAAUGUCAGCCAGCUGCCGAGUGGGUGGGCUUCCAUUUUGUGGUACAACAUGUUAACUAACGAACCCAAGAAUUUGUCCUUCUUUCUGAACCCCCCAUGUGCGAGGUGGCCUCAGCUUUCCGACGUGCUGAGCUGGCAGUUUUCGUCCAUGACCAAAAGGGGGUUGAAUACAGAUCAACUGAACAUGCUGGGGGAGAAACUGCUUGGCACUAACGGAAGCGUCGAUGAUGGCAUCAGUUGGGUCAGAUUCUGUAAGGAAAAUAUCAACGACAAAAGCUUUCCCUUCUGGCUGUGGAUUGAAGGAAUUCUGGAACUCAUUAAGAAGUACCUUUUGUGCCUCUGGAAUGAUGGAAGCAUCAUGGGCUUUAUCAGCAAGGAGCAAGAAAAGGCCCUCCUGAACAGCAAAGAAAGUGGGACGUUUCUUCUGCGCUUCAGCGAAAGUAGCAGGGAAGGAGCGAUCACUUUUACCUGGGUAGAGAAGCUGCUGGACAUACCGGAUUUCCAUUCGGUGGAACCCUAUACAAGGAAGGAGCUCAGCGCUGUAUCCCUCCCAGAUAUAAUCCGCACUUACAAGGUGAUGGCGGCUGAAAAUAUUCCAGAAAACCCGCUGAAAUUCCUUUAUCCGGAUAUUCCCAAAGACCAUGCCUUUGGAAAAUACUACUCCAGACCCCAAGAGUCUUCUGAACCGAUGGACGUGGACGGUGGCGGGAAGGGAUACAUCAAAACUGAAUUAAUCUCUGUGUCUCAAGUCCAUCCAUCCAAACUGCAGACCCCAGACCAUCUUCUGCCCAUGUCGCCAGAGGAGUUCGAUAUGUUCUCCAAGGUGGUGAGUCCUGCUGAAAUCAUGAUGUGUUCAACCUGUGGUCCUUAAGUGCUUCUUCGGGAGCUUGCGUAGAGGGACGAGACCGCUUAUCUGCUAGUUUGUAGGUAGCUGCAAUCUUGGCAAGGCUCGAAAAUGUGUGGCUUUUUCUGCUCAGCAUGUGGGUCACACUGUUACAUUUUCUGCUGCUGCCCCUCGCCCCUUCUGUGUCUUUCCAGGCUCAUUCAUUGGUCAGGUGAUGCACUCCAAAAAAUAAAGGGGGCUUUCCUCGG